GCGCAGGCGCAGCUUCGUCGGGGUUGUCUGUUGACAAACGUGACGGAUGCACAUCUCUGUCCCGUCUGCGAUUUCGUCGUCAAGUGGAAUAAAAUGUAAUUUCACGGAUUUUUUGUCGACAUAGCGAGGUGUCAGGUGGAUCCUUCAUGAAGUUGUGAAUCCGGUCUAAGCUGAAACCAUGCUGAAGUGGUUUUCCGGUGAAGAGGGAGAGCCUGGCCAUGGAGGCCCGGGCUCUCCCCGUAGUCCUGCUGCUGCUGCUGGUGGUGGAGAGGUUGCUGUAGAAGAAAUGGCAGAUCGACUCACCCAAACAGAGCAGCUGGUCACCCAGCUGAAGGAGAUGAUCCGGGAAAAGGAUGCAGCACUUCGCACCAAAGAUGAGCAACUUAAGGUGGAGAAGGAAACGUGUGAGGCCAAACUGUCAAAGCUGCGUCUCCAGAACAAGGCCAAGGUGACGUCCCUCACAACACAGCUGGAGGAGCUGAAGAAACAACAGGGAGGUCAGGGAACGCCGACACACGGCAAGAAGGGGUCGUCAGAAGGAGGAGGAGAGCAAGCCAGUCGGGGCAAGAUUGUCUUGCUAAAGAAGAAAGUUGAGGAACUAGAACAGCAGCUGGCACAGAGAGACGAGGAACUGGAAAACAAGCGGAAGGAGUUGGAGUCACAGCGACAGCGCGGCGAGGAAAUAGACACUAUGCUGACAGAGAAGGACAAGAAACUGGCAGAGAAAGAGGCGUACAUCGUUCACCUGCAAACAGCACUGGCAGGAGAUCAGCCCAUCACACCUGCACCACAACAAAAGGUGGCAGAGGACAGUGGAGCAGUGCAGGAGCUCCAGCUGCUGGUGCAGAGUCUGACCAGGAAGGUGGGAGAAGCAGAGGAGCGCUACAGUUUGCUGCAGGAGCAGACAGACAGCCUCAAAGAGCUGCUGGCCACAGAGAAGGAGCAGUACAGUCAGAAGGAGAACAUGUACAAACAGAAUAUCCAGACAUUCAAAGACAUCAUUAUUCAGAAAGAUAACCAGCUGAUGGAGAUCAACCAGAUGCACGAACAGGAGCUCUUCAAGCUGGCAGCAAAGUCUGAUGCCAGUGCAGACUUGGAGCAGCUUUUGAAGGCUCUAAAACAGAAGCUCCAUGAGAAAGAGGAGGUGCUGCUCGGUAAAACCCAGGUCAUUGAUGUUCUCCAGGGAGAGGUGGACGGCAGGGACCAACAGAUAAAGGAACUUACAGAACGGCUUCGUCGGCUGCAGGUUGAGCGAGAGAGCCUGGAAUCUAAGAUGGAGGCAGAGAAGCAUGUGAUGCGAGCACAGCUUCGUGACCUGAUGGAGAAACAGCAGGCAGAGGUGCGGCGGAUGACUGAGCAGCAUCAGUCACAGAUGGACCAGACCCAGCAGGAUCUCCUGGGGCAGCUGGAGGAACUGAGGAAGGCCUCGUCGGCAGCAGCACCACCUCCCAGUCAGGAGGCCUCAGGGACUGGAAGCAUGCCCGCUGAUUCAGCCUCUAUCCAAAGAAUAGCUGAGCUGGAAGCCCAAGCAAAGCAAAAAACAGAUGAAGCCAGCAGAUCAGAGGCCAAGUUCCUGAAAAUGAAAGCAUGGUCUAAAUCUCGGAUCAGACAGUUGGAGGAGGAGUUGAAGAAAAGCCAAGCUGGAGCCGCCCCCCCAGAACUGACUGCCCUGCGGAGUCAUAUCACAGCAUUGGAGGAGGAGAGAGAGGAAAACCUUUGGAAAAUUGAGCAAUAUGAGGAGCUGAAAACAAAGAACGAAAUGCUGGAGGCUAAGCUGGUCGUAUAUGAGGAGCAACAGAGGACGCUACAAGCAGACCUGGAGCUGUUCACCAAGAGGGCUGCCUCUCAGGCGAGUGAGUCAGGCAGUGCUGAUGACACUCAGAGCCAGGUCCUGGAGUGGCAGGAGAUGGUAGCUGAGGCAGUCAGUGCCAGGGACCGGGCCAGGGAGGAGAAGGCUGCCAUGUCCCUCCGCAUCAGCCACAUGGAGGAGGAGAGAGAGGCACUGGCCACUCGGCAGCAGGAGUUGGAGGAGGAGCUGGCUCAAGCUCGGGGGCUCGGCCAACACAGGGCCAAGAAGCUAACAGCUCCAGCCCAACGAAGCCUGCAGGAGGACUUUGAGUUUGAUGGGCAGGUCCCCUUCCAGGACCCACGCAGCACCUCGGAGAGCACAACCCCGAUGGAGGGAGAGAACAUGGGAGGUUGGUGGCCCGAGUACAGUACUCCUGAUACAGAUGGUUUGCGGUCUGUUGUUGAGGAGCUGGAGCUGGAAAGGAACCAGCUGCAGGAGCAGAUACUGAGUCUGGAGGAGCGCUGUCAAGAUCUGGAGGAUCGACUGCAGCUGCAGGCACGCAUCGAGGCAUUACAGGUGACGUUUGAUGUAGAUGAAGAUGAGCAGCCAUAUUGGGUCUCUCAGAAUGAGACAGAAAAACUUCAGAGCCAACUUGCCAGUGUCAGAAGUCAACAGAGCAGAGAUGCAGAGAAGCAUCAGCUACUGGUUAGCAGUCUCAACGAACAGCUCAAAGGGUUGAGUGACACACAAGAGUGCCUGGAAAGUUCCCUCAUUGAGAAGGAGAACACAUUGGCCAAAACAUCUGAGAAACUUGAGCUCAUCAGCAGCCUCAGAGAAUCUUUGAGUGAAAAAGAGAUUCAGUUCAAAGAGGUGUCUGACAAGCUCCUUCAGACUGAGCACACUCUCGAAAACAUCUCCAAGAAAUGCAGCAGCUCAGAGAAACAAUGUUCUGAACUGAAAACAGAAGUCGCUGACCUCACACAGAAGCUGAGUGUGCUGAAGGAGAAGACACAAAAACAGGAAGUCAGUAUUGAAACUUUACAAACUGAGCUUGAUCAGACAAACGAAGAAUUGGACAAACUAAACACCUCCCACUUGGAAGAACGAGCCCAACUUAUUCAUGACCUUCAAACCUGUGAACGGGAAAUUGAUAGUCUUAAAGAUAUCUUGUUGGAAAAGGACAAGGAGAUAUCAACCCUCUCUGCUAACAUGGUGGAGUAUUCAGAGCAGGUCACAGUCCUUAAGCAGGAGAUCAAACUCAAAGAAGAGAACCUGGUUCAUGUAGAAAAUGCACUGAGGAAAGCAGAGCAAGAGGCCAUGAUUAUCAGAGACUCACAGAACUCAGACCAGCAGGCCCUGAACAGUAAGAUCACAGAGGCGGUUGAAAAACUCAAGGAUACUGAGAUGGAGUUAAUCAAGGCCAAAGAGGAAAGAGAGUCUAAAGUGACUGAGGUGGAACAUCUGAUAAAGCAGGCUGAAGAGGACAAGAAAACUAUUCAGGACCUUCGAGGGGAGAUCCAGAAACAGACUGCAAGUCAUCGUAAUCAUCUGUCUGAAUGUGAAACACACAUCACCUCACUAAAGGAACAGCUGACUUCAUCCGUCCAAAAGCUGCAGGAGUCAGAAGGACUCAUUUUGCAGCUCAAGGACAAAAAUACCAACAAUGAGAAAUUACAGCAAGAGCUCCACGAUAAAGAACAGACCUAUGAAAAAGAACUGAAAUCCUUCAAGGAAGAACAAAACAAACUUCUGGCCCAGGUGGAAAAAUACAAUAAUGAAAUGCAGACAUUGUCCAAACAAUUAGAAAAGCAGGUACAGAGUGAAGAACAUAUCCAGAAAGAGAUGCAAGAGAAACUGGAGACAAUAGUAUCACUGGAAAAUCAACUUAAGGCAAAUGAUAAACACGCUGAGGAUGAGAGGCAGAAAUUUGACAGUGAAUUAAAAGUCCGGGAUUCAGAAAAUCAGAAGUUGAGUGAUGAACUUAAAAGCAAAUCUGAAAAUAUCUCCAAACUUAAGAACCUCUUAAAAAGCACCAAGACUGAGAAACAGCAGCUGCAUGAAAAGCUUAAAGGGUUGACGGAGGAGCUUGAGAUACAGAAGCAGAGUGUAAAAGAACUUAAUGAAAAGGUUUCUUCUGCUCUUGAACUUAACAGCAGCCUGGAGGAUCAAGUACAUUGCCUUACAAAAGAAAAAGAGAAACUUGAAGUGGAAGUAACUGAAAGUGUUAAAAACAUUUCACAAGUUACAGUUGAAAAGGAUUCAUUGCAAGCCAAAAUAUCCAUAUUGGAAACACAGCAUUCACAAAAUGACAAAAUUAUUGACGGGUUACAAAAGGAUAAAGAGGAAUUGACUCUUCGAACCAAUGAGUUGAACAGAGUUCUGGAGCAGAGCACACACUCAAACUCAGAGAUCCUGUUAGCAAAAACAAAUGAAUGUAAUAACCUCAACCAGUUACUCAGGGAGAGGGAGGAUAAGGUGACCCAGCUGCAGGAACAAGUGCAAAGCUUGACUUUGAAGAUAGACCAGCUCCAGCAUGAUAUAGCAGAAAAAGAGCAGACUGCUACUGAUCUUCGUGCACAGUUAGAGGCCCAACAAAACCAGCAAACACAACUUCAGGAAACACUGGCUCUGCGUCAAGAACAGGAAUGCAGUCUCAAGUCUGGCCUAAUGGAGAAGGACACUGCAUUGACAGAGAAGCAGGAAGAGUGCAACGGUUUGCGGAAUGAAAUUGCAACUCAGAAAAAUAUUUUGUCCAAGCUGCAAGCUGAGGCUGAAUCACUUAAUGAAGAACACUUGCAACUCAAGCAGCAACUUCAAGAGAGAGAAGAAAUGCUGAAAAACACAACACAACAAUGUCAAAAACACAAAGAUGAAGUGAAUGAAAUAAACAAGACUGUUAAGGCUCUGAAUGACAAAAUCAGUGUCAUGGAAGAAAAUGCCAGAAAACUUGAGUCUGAAGCAGAGCAGAGGCAAACAGAGCUGACGGGCUUAAACAGCCACAUCCAGGCUCUCACAGAGGAAAACCAUCAACUUCAUGCUGCUUGUGAAUCCAGAGAAAAGGAACUUGCUCACCAGAGACAGGUUGUAUCUGAUCUUGACAGACAGCUUAAAGCAACUCUUGAACAGAACUCCAAUUUUAGUGUGAAGAUCAGCAGUCUGUCAGAAGAUAAUCAGAGACUACAGGAAGAGUUAGAACAGAACAUCAGAUCGGUUUCUGAACUAACCACUGAGAGGAAUUUACUCCUAGAAAGACAUUCUGGGCUUGAAAUCCAAAUUUCAGACAAUCAGAAAACAAUCAACAGCUUGUUGAAGGAGAAGGAGCAUCUUAUUAUUGCAGCAGACGGAUUAAAAAAUAUCCUCAAGGAAAGUGAACUGUCAAAUUCUGCAGGUUUGCUUGAGAAAACAACAGAAUGUGCUAAUUUGUCAAAAACAUUAAGGGAGAGAGAAGAACUACUUCAGAGUUUACAAGAGCAAGUUGAUGGCUUAAAAGUACAAGUUAGUCAACUCAACAUGUCCAUGAAUGAGAAAGAACAAAUAUUAUCAGAGCGGAGUUCUCAGUUGGAGGCUCAGCAGAACCAACUGCUGCAACUUCAUGAUACUGUAUCUAUGCUUCAGGAGCAGGGAUCUGUCUUAAAGUCAGGGCUGAUGGAGAAAGACACAAUGGUUCAGCAGAAAGCAGAGGAAUGUAGUGUUUAUCAGAAUGAAGUCAUGCUGCAAAAAGACCUCAUAUCACAGAUACAGGAUGAAGUAGAGUCACUUAGGCGAGAAUGCUUAGAGGCAAAACAGCAGAUAGAGCUAAAAGAACAGACACUGAAAGAAGUAACAAAUGAGUUUCAAAGCCACAAAGAUGAGCUGAAUAAACGAAACGAAUCAGUGAUUUCACUUAGUAGUCAGCUUGGUGCCAUGAAUGAGAAUGCUGCAGAGAUGGAGGUUGAAAUUACCAACCUAAAGGCUGCUGUGCAGAAACUCACUGCAGAGAAUUGUCAGCUGAAACAGGAGGAGGACCAGAGGAAAGCAGAGAUCAUUGAUUUUCAUGACAGUAUUCAGGCACUGAAUGAGCAGAACACGAGGUUAAAAUCUGAACUUCAGAAAACAGUGACAGAUCUGGCCAAAGCACAAGAAGAAGCCACAAAUCUCCAAAAAUCUCUGUUUGAGAGGGACAACGAACUCAAAACAGCAUACUCAGAGAAGGAGACGCUUAAUUUGACCCUGAAAGGUAAAGAUGACUCCCUCACACAACAGGAGAAUUUGAUCCAGAAACUCAACACUAGGAUUGCUGAGCAGGAGGAGGAGCUGAAACAGAAAACAGAUGACAAUGUCACUUUAAGUGCAAAAGUUUCAGAGCUUGAGGAGUCUGCCUGUAAGUUCAGAGAUCAAGUUGACAGUCUCACUUCAGAGUCAUCCAUGCUGAAAAAUUCUUUGGAGAAGAAGGAGCAGUCAAAUCUUGAAUAUCAGAGUCAUUCUUCAGCUGCUGUUGAAAAUCUUAAUUCAAAUCUACAAGCCAAAGAGGCAGAAUGUGAAAUUUUGAAAGAACAGAUUUCUCAUCUUGAAGAAUCUGUUGCAAAGCUUGACAACACCCUCCAAGUACAGAUAGCUGAAACAGAAAAUCUGAAAAAGGCCCUGGCAGAAAAAGAGGCAGCUCUUUUGGAACAAUCAAAGUCUCUUCAGGAUGUUCAGAGAAGAGCAGAUGAGGCGUUGCUCUUCAAAACUCAGUUCAUGGAAAGCACAGAAUUGGUGUCACAGCUGCAGAGUCAAAUUCAGCUACUGUCCAUUGAGUCUGAAAACCUCAGAAAGUCAUCAGAGGAAACUCAAAGUGCCUUCAACAACUUACAGGAGAAGUAUGCAGCUAACUUGGAGGAGUUGCAAGAGGUGAGAAAGCAACUCUCCCAAACGAUUGACGAGGUGUCUAACCUUCAGAAGUUAUUGGAUGAUUUCAACAACGAACGUCAGACAGCAAAGAUCACCGUAGAAACACUUAGAAAUGAGUUAUCAGUGACCCAUCACAAACUUGAGAAAUCUGAAGAGCUAAACACCAAUCUCUCAAAAGAGAAAGAUGAAGCUUUUUCUUCUCACCAAGCAAGUGUGUCCCUGCUGACUGUUGAAAUAGAAAGACUCAAAUCACAGCAUCUACAAGUUGCUGCACAGAUGAAUGCACUGACAGAAAACCUGGAGCAGAGAGAAAUGGCUCUCCAUGCAAUUAACAGCCAGUACACAGCCCAGGCCAAACAUGCAUCUCAGUUGGUUUCAGAAAUCCAGAAACUAGAAGAACAAAAUAAAAGACUAAAUGAGGAAAUUAGUUUGUCAAGUGAAGAAAAUCAGAAGCACCUUACUACUGUCAGUAAUGAGAACACACAUUUGCAAGAGGAAGUUAGGAAACUUCUUGCAGAGAAGGAAGAACUGGAAAGGAGACAUCAGCAGAUAUGGACAUCGCAGGGGGAGCUGCAGGUUCAAAUGGAGCAGCAGUCCAGCAGCAUGAACGAAAUAAUGGAGAAAAUGGUGUCCGAGAAGGAGAGCCUUCAAGCAAAGGUUAGUGCCAAAGAUGAAGAACUUUCUCAAUUAAAAGAAAGUGUUCAAAAGAUAGAACAAAUACUGCAGGAUUCUGAGAAAGAGUGGCUGUUAGUUCUGGAUAGAGAAAAACAGGAUAAGAAUCUACUUGCAGAACAAUUGAAAAGUGUUGAAAAUGAAAUGAAAUCUAAAGAUGUUAAAGUUAAUGCUUUGAAACAAGACUUGGACAGUUUGCAAGAGAAACUAGCAGAGGCUUCCUCUGCAGUUAGACAGGGUUCUGAACAGCUGAGUGCAAAAGAGAUGGAGGCAUCAGCAUCCAGGAUUAAACUUGAGAAGGUGUUAGCAUCUUUUCAGGAAAAGGAUGAAGAGAACAAUAAUUUGCAACAGGCCCUAAAAACUGUGGAAUGUGAAUUAGAAAAACUUGUUGGAAGAAAAAAUGGUACUGACAAAGAUUCCUCUGUUUUGCUGUCAAACCCAGCUGCUUUGAAUGAUAGACAAGCCUCUUUACAGGACAUGAUAAAACAAUUACAAGAAGGACAUCAGUCUGAGGUAGAUGCUUUGAAAAAUGAGCUGGAUAAAACUGUAGCUGAAUUACAUAAAACACAGACUACGCUUCAUGAAGGAGAGAGUAGUAAUAAGGAGAAGGGUCAACAAAUUGCUGUUAUACAAGACACUGUCGAGCAUUUAAAAACUCAGCUUAAUUCUGAAUCAGAGAAACUGAAAGAAGCUGGUGUCAAACACUCCUCUUUACUCAGUGAAUUGCAAGCAAAAGAUGAGAUAAUCAACUGUAUGAGCAUUCAGAUAAGUCAGCAGAAGGAAUUACUUGCUGGACUAAGUCAGCAGAUAAAGGAUAAAGAUGCAUCCAUUGCCCAAGUCAUGGAAUCGGCCUUAAAUGAAAGAGUGAAACUUGAUGAGGAAAAAGAAUCUCUAAUAGCACAAUUAGAAAGCAUGGACCAAGCACACAAAACCUCCAUGAAAAGGCUUGAAGAGAUUUCUCAGCAGUUUGAGAGCAUGAAAUAUGAUCUUCAAAGUGAAAUUGACUUCAAGAAUUCAGAGAAGUUUGAGCUGAUUAAAGAAAAUGAUGAUCUUAAAGGAGAAGUAGCUAAGGUAUCAAAAGAAAAAGAUGCAAUCAAGAAGAAACUUCAAGCUGCUCUCCUUGUAAGAAAGGAUCUGUUGAAAAAAAUUGAGGAAUAUGAAAACCAAAAAGACAGUAAAACUGAGGUUUCACUGUUAGAGGACAAACUACAGGAAAUAACAAAUGAAGCUCAGGCAACAGCAAAAAUGUAUCAAGAAAAUGUAUUUCUUCUUGAACAGAAAGUUCUUGAGAAAGAGAGAGAGAUUCUUGAACACAAAGCAGAGAGUGAAAGACUUGUUGAACAGCUGCAGUUAGAAAAACACAUUUUGGAAGCCUCAUUAAAUGAGAAAGAAGUCUCUCUGUCAGAAAAACUGCAAACACUCAGUGAGAAAAGCUCCAUCAUCGAGCAGCUGCAGUCCAGUGUUGCUGAGAAAGAAGAAGCCUUUGAGCAAGACAGAAACAGCUUGAUACAGAAAUUAGAAGAGCUUCAAAAUGAAAUUAAGACCUAUAAAGAUGAAUUAAAGGACAAAUCUUCCUCCACUGCUACUGCUGUUGAUUUAGAAAAUGAGCUUGCACAGAUAAAGUCAGAAAAGGCAAUACUACAGAAAAAAGCCCAGGCUGCUUUGUUGGCACGCAAAGAGACAAUGAAGAAAGCUCAAGAAAAUGAAAAGAAAUUAACUCAAGAGCUGGCUGAACUGAAAGACGACUACAAGGCUCUCUUAGAACAACACUGUCAGCAGACGAACGAGCUAAAUGCUGUCCAGUUAAACUUUGAUGAGAAGGGCAGGGAACUGGAGGACCUCCAUAAAACCUCUUUGUCUCAUCUGGAUGAACUGGACACUUUAAGACAGCUGGUUGAGGAGCGGGAUAAAACUCUUCAAAAUCUGAAGAUGUCUCUGGCUGAGAAAGAGAGCCAGUGCCAUUCUCUGUCACACUUGCAAACAGAGCUAGAAACUGUUAAAUCCAAAACUGAGAACAUGUCUCUUGAGAUGACAAGUAAAGAUGAGGCCCUCGUAAUCAUGGAGCAAAGAACAGAAGAUUUGAAGUCAAAACUUCACAUGGUAGAGAGCGACUUGGAGAAAGCCUAUGCAGAAGUAAGAGAGAAAACAGAGGAGAUCGAGAAAUAUAAGGAAAGGAUCAAAGUCGCUGUGGAAAAGACCCAGCAGGAGAAGCAAGCUUUGGAGACCCAGCUAAACCUCUCUGAGAAGGCACUGGAGGAACUCAGUUGUGCAAACGAAGAAAAGUAUCAAAUUUUAAUAGAAGAAAAAGAGGCUGUUUUGGAGCAAAGUAAAGUGGAACUUGAGACAGCACUUGCUUUAGUUUCAGAGAAAGCCUUGGAAGUUUUAAGCAUCCAAAAGACAUUAGCAGAAACACAGCAGCAGCUCAGUGAGGACAAAGAUAUUUUGACUAAGAAACUUGAAAAAGCACAGGUACGUUGUACUGAAAGUGAAAGGAAUUUGGAUUUGUUAAAGCAGGAAGAGGAAAAUGCUUUGACAUUAAUUGGUGAACUCAGAGGUGAGAUAGCCUCGCUGAACAAGCAACUCAAGGAGGCAGAGAAACUGAAUGAGCAGCUGCAUCAAAAGAUUCUCAAACAGGACAACUUUAACAAAGAAGAGGACCAUGUUUCUAGCAGUUGUGCUGAAAACUUUGAAGUGAAACUAAAGGAGAGAGAUGAGGCCUUAUUAGUUUCUCAGGCUCAGGUUGCAGAAAAGGAAGAACUAAUUGCUGCACUUGAACUGCAGUUACAGCAGCAAAUGAAAAUGCAUGAAACUGCCAUUGAAAAAAUAAGAAUAGAGGCUGAUGAGCUUCAGAAAUCUCGACAGGAUGGUAACAAAAUAAACGAUCAGGACAAUCAAAGCAAAAUUGCUCUCUUAACCAGGAAACUUCAAGCAGCUUUAGUUUCUAGAAAAGAGCUCUUAAAGGAAAAUGCAACACUCAAGGAGGAAAAAGAAAAGAUGUCAGCAAAACAUGAAGCUAAAGAAGCUGAGUGUUUUGCCCUGGAAUCAUCAGUUUUGAAGUUGAAACAACAAAAUAUGGAUCUGGAAAGCUAUGUGUCAUCUCUGAACACGGAGAAAGGCAAGCUCAGCACUGAAGUUGAUCGCAUUCUUAAUGAUAAUCGCAGUCUAUCAGCAGCCUGUGACAGCUUGAAACUAACCAUAGAAAACAUCACUCAGCAGAAGCAGGCCUUUUCCUGUCAGCUUGAAUCUCUUAAGGACUCUCAAACAGAGGAGCUGUCCAAGUGGAAGUCAAAGCAUGCUGAGCUCAAACAAGAGUAUGAGUCUCUUUUACAAGCUUAUGAAAAUGUUAGUAGUGAAAUGGAUAAGAUGAGACAGCUUUUGGAGGGGGCCAAAAGAGACAGGCAGGAAGCCCUCUGGAAAGUACACAAACAUGAGACUGAGAUGGAAAUUCUUGAGAAGCAGGCCAGAGAGAUUGAGGAGGAAAAUGAAAGAAUUAAAGAGAGGGUGCACAAGUUUUCCACAGAGAAGCAGCAGAGGAUUGAAGAGCUGGAGGAAGAGAAUCAGAAAAUAAGAAUAGAAUUAACAGAGAGUGAAGGAAAAAACAAAAUGGCAACGUGUGAGAUGACUGACAAAAAUAAACAAUUGGAGGCUGAGAUUUGCCAACUCAAAGAAUCUUCCGAGGAUCUCAAAGUGAAACUUGUGGAGGUACUGGCUGAAAAUAGCCAACUGGCAGAAAAACUCAAAGAGGCUAGCUGUUCAUUGGAAAAGAAGCACUUGGAAUCAAAUACACACACAAACAACAUGCAGCUGAAACUUGAUGAAGCACUGGGAUUGAAUAAUUCACUGACUGCCCAGAUUGAGGCCCAGAAAACAGAACUUGGUGCUCAGUUGGAAAUAAACAAUUUGUUACAAAAAGAGAAGCAAACCCUUUCUGAAAGAAUGGAGAAGAUACAGAAUGAUCAGGAAUUGCAGUUGGGAAAGAAAGACGAUGUCAUAAAAGAGCUAAGGGACAUUAUUAACCGACACAGCCAAGAGACUAUCAGCCUGAAUGAGAAGGUUAGAAUCCUGGAGGAUGAUAAGUCUCUUCUGCAAGAGGAGCUUGAAAAUGUUCAAGAGAUUUCAGACAAAGUAAAAAAUGAAAAUGAAUAUCUGGAAACUGUGAUCCUCAAAAACUCUGAAAAGAUUGAUGAACUGACUCAGACAGUGAGUGUUUUACAAACCCAGAACACACAGCUGUCCUCUCAGCUGGCAGCUAGUAAGGAGAUGAGUGAUCAGGUUCGUCAAGAAAAAGAGGAGGAGCAGCUCAAAUUAGUCAGAGAGUUUGAGGAGAAACUUAAGACAGUUCAGAGAGGCAACGAGGGGUCUAAAAAUGUGAAGAAAGAACUGCAAGAGCUCCUCAAAGAAAAGCAUCAGGAGAUAAAUCAGCUGCAGCAAAACUGUAUUAAAUACCAGGAGCUGAUUUUAGAUUUUGAGAGCUCUCUGAAGAGCUCACAGUCAGCCUGUGAACACUUGGAGAAAGAACUGAAGAAAAGUUCACAGAAGAUAACAGUUCUAGAGGAGAGAAGUAAACAAGUUGAAGCUGAGCUGAUUACACAGAAGAAUCUUCUCCAGGAUGCCACAGAAAAGAUUGUGAAUCUUGAGUCUGAAAGAGACCAGCUGGCUCUGGAAAUAUCACAGAAAAGCAAAGAAUAUGAGGCGCAGGCCAUGGAGAAAACAAGAUCAUCACAAAAUAUAGAUGAGAAACAAAUAGAUUCAUAUAUGGAGAAUCAGUUUGCGUUACAGCAACAGAUAGACGACCUCAAGGAUUUAAAAGAUAAAGAAAGUCAAAAAGUUAAUGAGCUGAGACAGCAUAUAGACACUCAGGAACUACAGAUAAAUACCCUUAAGAGAGCAGCCGAGACUAAUGAAGCAAAGCUGUCUGCUCUAUCUUCCACUCCUCAAGGCACAGAUGCUACAAAACUUUGGAAUGAUUUGUACCAAAAGGCCUUAAAUGAGAAGGACAACCAGCUCCUUGAACAGGGCUUUGUGAUCAAAAGAUUCCUGGAAGACAUGAGACUGAAAGAUAAAGAGGUGAAUGAACUACGAGUCACAAAGUCAAGACUGGAAAGGACACUGAAUGAAUACUCUGUCGCUGCUGCUGCACAGCAGAGACAGCUUUUUGUGAUGAGUGCAACCAACGCUGAACUUAGUGAGUCUGUGGAUCUUAUGUCUGUGCAGGUGAAGGAGCUCAGUGCUCAAGUGGAAAGAGCAGAACAAAAUAAAAAUGCACUAAACCGACAGCUUGCUGACAAAGAGGAUGUGAUUUCCCGAAUGCAGCUAAAUCUCCAGCAAACAGAAAAGGUAAAUGCAGACACAGAUGCCCAGCUGCUCCUUUUACAAACUCAAAAUGACAAACUUCAAGCUGACUUUGAGAAACAGGAGGGAAUUUCUCUGCAACUGAAAACACUACUUCAGAGCAAAGAUGCUGAGAUCUCGUCUUUGUUGUCCUGUAGAGAUGGACAAAUGUCAGGGUAUCUAGAACAGCUACAGGCUAAUUAUCGCUCCCAGGUUGCAGUUUAUGAGGACAGGUUAACAUCUUUACGUUACCAAAGGGAAAAGGCUGAUAAAGAGGUGAGGGGGCUUGAAGCCAAGGUCAAAAGUCUGCAAAUUAAAGUUAACAGAUCUGUUCAGGAAAAGGAGCAGAUGGCAGCUAAGAUGGAGUCAUUCAAGAACUCGAUGGUGUCUUUACAGAGUGAACGAGAGCGACUAAUGUCAGAAUACAGAAUACUUGAAGCUAAGAGUGAGUUAGGGUUAAAGGGUAAAGAGGGCUCUGCUGACGGGGAGGGUGGUGCCGCCAAAGGACUAAAACAUGAAAUAAGGAAACUGCUGCAUCAGAUGGAUGAUCUCAACUCCGAGAAUGCGAUGCUCAGGGCUCAGCUGGUUCGCUACAGAGAGGAUUUGAAUCAAGUUUUAUCCCUGAAGGACAACCAGUUGAAGGUACUGCUGAAGAAGCAACAGGAUGUGAUCAAAAACCUUGAAAACCAAAAGGCUGCAGCUGAAAAGCAGCACAGAGAGUCUCGUUUGGAGCUCCAAAAGGAAGAAGAGGCAAACAAUACGUUAAAAGCAGAGAUUUCUAAACUCGAAGCUCAGGUUUCAAAACUGGAAACAGAAAUAUCGACUCAGAAACAGGACAGAGCCACAACAAAUGAGGGCAAAGUAAUUGCUGAUUUGCAGGAAGCUGUGGCAGCCAAAGCAGCUGACUGUCAUGACCUCCAGCAAAAACUUCUUUCUCAGAAAAUCUUAACGGAUGAACUCAAGGAAAAAAUGCAACUGGUGGAAAAAGAGACGGACAAAAAACUGGCCGAAGCUGAGGAUAAAUACAACUCUGAACUGGACAACUUCGAGCGUGAGGUGGAGCUGAUGAGGAACGAGCAAGAGACAGCUGAUCAAAGGGUAGCAGAACUCGCAAAAGACCUUCUCGAAAUAGAGCAGCAGUUAUCAGAGGCCAAAACUCAAAAUAAAGAUAUAAAGGCUCAAAAUGAGUCCCUCUGCAAAGCCAUGGCUGCUUUGCAGAAUGACCGAGACCAGCUCAUUGAAGACUUUAAGGUCCUGAGAAACCGAUACGAUGAAGAACUCCGAGAGACUCAGAUGGCCCUGAACCAGGUUGAGCGCAGCCUGCAGGAUGCCACAUCUGACUUGGCCGGGUUUGCCAAAGAGAGGGACAUCCUUGUUCAUAAAUUAAAUGCUUUGGAGAGCAAAGACGUAAACACAGAGUUGAACAAGUUGUUGGAUGAGCUGUCGAAGGCCUUGUCAGAGAAAGAAAGGGAACUGAAGCAGGUCGUCUUGGAAAAUAACACCUACAGCAGACAGCUGUCAGCAUUCUCCAGAUCCAUGGCCAGCCUCCAGAACGAUCGUGACAGAUUGAUGGAAGAGUUGGCCGGAACCAAACGAGUGGUUGAAUCCAGACAAGGGUCAAGCCCAGAGACUGUCUCUUCCAUGAGUGUGGAGGGGUCUAAAGGAAGUGGCAUCAGUGCCUUCCAGAAUGAGAAAGAUGGGCUGAAGAUGGAAGAGCCACAACAACCUGAAGAGAUGCAAACCACCAGAAUGCCAACUGAAGAAGUCAGCAGCUCUCAGGGAGAGGUAGCAACUCUGAGGUCCAGCAGAGAGAGGAAGGACACAUCUCCAGUCAAGGAAACGGUUGCUUUGGCAGGUCAGAGUGGGAUGGAGGAGGUGGUGAGUCGGUUGGAGGCUGAGAGGGUUCAGCUUCACAGAGACCUGCAGCGCUGCAUGUACGAGAUCCAACAACGGGACCAGUAUUUCCAGCAGCUCAACACCAAGCUGCAGCAGGCUGUAGAGGAGAAAGGUGCUGUUGGAGCUCAGCUGAGAGCUGUUUCCCAAACCCUGAGGGACACACAGAAUCGCUGCCACUGGCUAGAAAGCCAAGCCCAGGGCCAGGUUCAGGGAUCAGUAUAUGCUGAGGUUGCACCUGGAGCUCCACAGGAGAGAAACAAUGACUCCAUCAUCACUGAAACUGCUGAAGCCAGUCAGCUCCGAGAAAGGUUGCUUGAGGUGGAGCAGAGUCUGGCAGAUGAGAGAGCCAGGAGAGAGACAGCUGAGGAGGCUCUGCGUCUCGCUGAGGACAGAGCAAAGAGUGUUGGCUCCAGUCUGUCCAGAGACAGUCAGAGGGAUUUCAGUAUUGAUAUGGAAACAGAGGAGGAGUGGGAAGCUCUCAGUCUCAACCCGAACCAACCUCUAUUAACAAGAAAGGUUAAAGGUGGGAUGGUGGCAUGUCGACGGUGGCUCAGAGGGAGGAGCCUCUACUUCUCCAGGCUGUUGACGAGCCGCGCACGCUCUCGAUAUUUCUUCCUCGCCUACUUGCUCACAAUACACGUGCUUGUCCUCAUGUGCCUCACCGGUGCCCUGUAGCGAGGGGACAAACUGGCUCAAGGUUAAAACUUAAAGCUGAAGUCUGUUGGGUUUUUUGUUUGUUUGUUUUAGCUAAGACAGCAUUUUUGUUAUCCUCUGUUAAUCAUAAAGUCUGGUUAAAACACUAAAACCAGAGCUUGAGUUGCUCCAUGCUCUUCUUAAAUCACAUCCUGGUUAAUUGUGUCAGGAAAGUGAAAAAUAUUUUGACGUUAACUUUACUGCUCAGUCGGUUGAAUUAUUCUCUGCUGAACAGCUGGGUAUGUUUAGAUGCUCUGCUGUUGUCCUUCUCUGAUUAAUGUCCAUUUUAUUUGUUUUUAUAUCAAAGGCUGGACACAGAUAAGUUAUUGAUUAAUCAGAUUAAUCAGUAAGUUUAAAUUAUAACUGAUUUUUCUGUUUCUUGUACUAGAAAUGUUCUAUGUUAAAACAAGCCUUAAAGCAUGAUCCACCCUCUUCUUUCUUCUCUGCUCUUUCUGAAAACAAGCAGGUGGAUUCCUUAAUUGUUUUGUUAUGUUGCCUACAGUUUGUUUUCUGAUCCCUGUUAGAAAGGAGACGAGGAAAGAAACUUAAUUUUGACACAAAGCCUCAAGUGGGAGUAGAUGGAGUUUAAGAAAAAAAGGACUUGAACUUCAUCAUGCAGAAAGCCAUAUUCCUUCUCAGUUAACACUACUGUAUAAAUCCUGUUUUAAAUCCUGCUUCCUCUCCACCUUGUUGCCCUUCCUUUGAGCUGGGAACAAACAUGCAAACAUCCCGUCUGUCACUCAUGUUUGCUUUACAUCCAAAUCACAAACGUUGGCACCAGCUGCUGCUUUUUCAUGCCUGCCUGGUUUCAUACCUUGCACAUAAUCGUGAUGCUGAGUUAAAACUAUGCACUGAUACUCCAAAUGUGUAUAUACUCAUCUCAUAUAAGCUCAGAAGCACUACACCUCUCCCACCCUGCUCCCUUUAAACUGUAAAGCCAAAGGUGUCUGUAUCAUGACCUUGGCAGUUUGAAUAAAUGCUGUCAUGCCCGUUAAAGUCAGUGGGAGACUAUGGUUUAAAAGUAUCCUUAUGUUUUACUCCAGUAUCAUGGUGUCCCAUCAGCAAAAAGAAGAGAAGAUAUGAAAAAACAAACUGUGUGUAUUUAAAGUUUUUCUGUAUUUAUGUGUGCAUCCUCAUAGAGUCUGCUGUACAGUAUCUGUUAUGGACUGUAUGUAUGUAUAUAUGCAUUUCUAUCCACUCUGCCUGAUGUAUGAUGACUGUACAUUUCUUCUCGAUUGUUUAGAGUUGGAAAAUGUGAUUGAUACGAGACGAGGUUUUCACAAAACAAGCUCAACUAACCAGCCAAAAAAAAAAAAGAUUUAAAAAAUUAGAUCUCUGAUUGUUGUUGAUGUUUUCUGGCUUGUUAAUUGAUCUAGUUUGAUGGGUUUGUGAUAUGUUGUUGUAAUGAUCUGUACAUAAACGUGACUGAUGGACAAAACAAUGAACAUGAAUCUAUUUAUGAAAAAGGUAAACUACUGAUAAAAGUUCAGAUGGCAUAUUUUCUCUACUGCCUCUAUUUUUAAGCUUUAGUGAUGCUGUUGGCCUUCAGGCUUCACUUGGUGCAAUACUGUGUCAGAGGUGAACAUUUUCAGCUCACCCUUUACCACCCCAAAAGAAAUUUAAUAAAGCUUAUUGAACUUUUCCA